AUGGGCGAUGAAAAUUUGUUUCCUUCAGACGAUGAUAAUAUAUUAAGUCAAGUUGAUGUAAAUUUAUCAGACACAUUAAGUUCUUUAUCAGAUGCUAAAAUCAAUUUUACUGUGUUCGAAACAAAGAUUAGGAAAUGUCUUCCGUACAUGUAUACAUUGGAUAUUGCAGAGAUCGAUAAUGACUUUUUUAGGUGGUUAAUGCCUCCUCUUAAAGAUAAUUUACUAAAGGUUUUCAACAACAAUGUAUUACUGGCCGAGUUAUGUGCGAAUACUGAAGCCAUUAAAGAUAAUUUAAUAAAAAUUUGCAAAUUGCUAGAUGUAUUGAAAGAAGUACUAAGUUUUUUAACUGAAAAACCGCCGGUUAAUGUUGGCUCUAUUAAAUCCAUCGCAAUUACUUCCAUUCAGAUUAUUUCGGAAACUCUAGAUUAUUUAAAAAAAUGUUCAGAGCUUGAAGCCAAUUUUGAUGAAGAUAUUGCAUUACAAAUCUUUAACUUAUUGAAUGAAGUGCACUGUUUGUAUCUUCAACUGAUGGGAUCUGUCUUGGUGUCUGAAUCAGAAAAUACGGAUGAUAUAGAAAUACUUGUACAAGUUUUGGAGAAUAUAUUUGAUUUUAGUUUUUUGCAUAAUUUGAAUGUGAAAUUUCUCAUUAGAAAUUGGAAAUGUUUUAUAGCGAUUCUCCAAAAAUUCGCAUUUAUUGUUAAAAAUCGGAUGGAUGUGAAGAAACAAAUUAAAAAUUUAAAUAGCGCUCUAUCAGAUAACUUCGCAAUUAUCCUAGAUUCAGAAAAUUCAGAUGUUGUAAACAAAUACCGCAUUAUCAAAAUCUCGGAAAUUUUAGUUAAAGUGGUAUUAAAGAUUUUUCAAAUAUGGGACGACAAAAUCGAGCUACUAGAAGAAAUCGUCGAUUUUUUGUGUUUGUUUUACAGCGUUCAAUUUAAAAUAUCAACACUAGAACACCAAAUAGUGGAACAAUCAAACCUGAUAUUUAUUUUGGUAAAAUCCUUUGUAGUUGCAUUUGUGCAAGAUGAAGCUUUUAUGCAGGUCACUAAAGACAAAAACUUCCUGUCAAGCAGGUGCAAAGAUGGGUUGUUGAAUUUUUUAAAUACUUGCUUGGAAUGCUUGGUGGUAAUUGAUAAAUUGGAUAAUCUCGAGUUAAAUAUUUUAAUCAGAUUAGUGUUUGAUGUAGUAAAGGAGUGUUAUAGCGAAUUUUUGCUACCUGAAAACGUUUUUGAUGAUUUAGUAGUGAAUAUUGCCGGAUCAGUAUUAGUUUAUGGAGAAUAUAAGAGCAUCGAGCUGAUACUGCUAGAGAAUGUACUCGAAGAGGAGUUUUGGAACUAUUUCCUAGCCGUGGAGGUUUGGUGUCUUUUACUAAGGAACAAAAGGCCUGAUUUUACUCAACAAGUUCUUAUAAGUCUGAUCGAUAUUUUCGAUCAAUUGGAAUUCGGAACUCUCACUUAUAGAUUGGAAAAGACGCAGUUCAGGUAUUUUUUGCACAGGGUGUACAGGUUAUUACCGGAUAAUUUCAAAUGUAACGUGAUGCAAAACACGAACGACAGGAUGGCGGUUUGGAAAAUUAUGGAUGGACAGCAUUUCCCCAAGAACAUGAAAUAUUUUAUUGAUCAAUUGUGCCAAGAAACGUUGGAAAAACUAAAUCAAUUGGUAAAAGGUGAUUUUUCGAAAGAGGAUUUUCCCCUCUUGGUGGAAAAUUUAGAGUUUCUGUCGACCGUCGAUUUCAAAAAAUUGCGCAUCAAUUCAUCGAAAUUAGCCGAUGCGCUAGUAUGCGUUUGGACAUUAACAUUCUCCGAUAUUUACAAUAACAAUUUAUUCAGAUAUUUUAUCGUUAAAGUUUUCAAAAUAACUAGCGUUCUUUUCGCGGAAUUUAACAACAAACAAUUAUAUAUGGUAUUAAACAAGCUACUUGAACUUUCGUUAAUCAAGCAUUUCAAAGUGCCGAUCACAUUUCUACUGAGCUCUCUUUGCAAACUAAAUUUAACCUGUAACAAUAUAUCCAAAUUAAUUUCGAAUAUUUUGAUAAAUUUAUUGCGCGAUUCCAACGUAAUCGUUAAACAAAACGUUUUGGAAGUCCUCGACUUGUGCCAUAGGAAUAAACAGCAAACGGUAGUCGCCGAUGUGAUACUAGAACACGAAAACAUCAACGAUUUGAUCAACGAUUACUUAAACAGACGCGUUAACGGGCCGAACUUCAAUUUCCAAUACUUCAAGUUACUAGGAGAAUUCAAGUUCAAGCACUGUUGCGUCGAUUGGAGAGUAAUUGAGCAGGAACCGUCUAGGAAACGCUUCAGGCAAUCCGAGCCGGAAAAUGUCACAGAGGCGAAACAAGUCAAGCCUUUGGUCGAAGAAAACGGGAUUAAAAACAGACUGCAACAAUUUAAAUACAAGAAAAUAGACAAACCGGCGAUGGAAGAGAAUAGCGAAAAUAAAUUCGAUGAAUCCGAUAACGUAAAUGAUGUGUUAUGCAGAAUGAAAGGCGAAGUAAAAUGCUUGGUGAACGUUUUGAAGACUGACAAACUUACUCCUAAGAAUGUGGCUGAUUUGAAGAUUAUCGCCAAUCAAUUGUCGUCGUUUAUAAAUUAA